GGGAGAAAGUGCCAAAACCAUGGAAUUAUUCAAAAUGUUUUUCUAUUUCCUUCUCCCUUUGAUACUUCUCCGACUUCUUUUCCAAGUCCGGCGAAGCCGACAUCUUCCACCAGGUCCUGUCUCCUUGCCGAUCAUCGGAAACCUCCUCAAGCUAGGUGAUAAGCCUCACCAGUCACUGACUCGGUUAGCCAAAACAUAUGGUCCAAUAAUGUCGUUAAAGUUAGGUCAAAUGACUACCAUAGUAAUUUCAUCUCCAUCCAUGGCCCAAGAAGUCCUCCAAAAACAAGACAUUUCCUUUUCCAAUAGGUUCAUUCCCGACGCUGUUCGUGCUUGCGACGAACACAAACUCUCUGUUAUAUGGAUUCCCAUAAACGACCGUUGGAGGACCCUACGUAAGCUCGCUCACACCCAUGUAUUCUCCGCUAAAGUGCUCGAUUCCAAUCAGCAUGUCCGGCGGAGAAAAGUGGAGGAGCUUAUUACCUACGUCAGAAAAUGCUGCCACGAAGGUGUGGCAGUUGACGUAGGUCAGGCAGGUUUUCAGACGGCACUGAAUGUGUUGUCAAACACUCUUUUCUCUGUUGAUUUGGCCGAGUCUGAAACAAAUGUGGCCAAGGAUUUCAAAGACACAGUUUGGAACAUUAUGUUGGAGGCCGGGAAACCGAAUUUGGUUGACUAUUUCCCGGCUUUACGAUCCAUCGAUCCACAGAGGAUACGAGGACGUAUGACAUUAUAUUUCUCGAAGAUGUUGGGUUUGUUCGGUGAAAUGAUUGACAAGAAGACGGUGAUGUCGAGGGAUGUUUUCGAAGGUGACUUUAUUGAUGUUCUUUUGAAGAUUUCUCGGGAGAACAACGAUGAAAUUGAUAGAGAACACAUAGAGCACAUGUGUUUGGAUUUUUUUGCGGCUGGGACAGAUACAACCUCGAGCACAUUGGAGUGGGCGAUGACCGAAUUAUUGCGACAUCCAGUAGUUAUGGAACAAGCAAAAGAAGAACUUAAACAAGUUCUUGGUGUUGGAAAGCAAGUGGAAGACUCGGAUAUUUCUAGAUUGCCAUAUUUACAAGCAGUUAUUAAGGAAACUUUAAGAAUGCAUCCACCUGUCCCGUUUCUGAUUCCUCGCCAAGUUUAUACCAAAGUUGAUUUGUGUGGCUACACCAUCCCAAAGGGAGCACAAGUGUUGGUGAAUGUGUGGGCGAUAGGUCGAGAUCCUGAUCAUUGGCAGAGUCCCACUGAAUUUAAACCCGAAAGAUUUAUUGAUUCCAAGAUUGAUGUUCGUGGUCAAGACUUUGAAUUGAUUCCUUUUGGAGGUGGACGAAGGAUUUGCCUUGGAUUAUCUUUAGCGAUGAGAAUCCUUACAACAAUGUUGGGCUCGUUGAUUAAUUCGUUUGAUUGGAAGAUUGAUGGAGAGAUUAAACCCGAGAACUUGGACAUUGAUGAGAAAUUUGGUAUCACUUUGCAAAAGGCUAAUCCCCUCCGAGCUGUUCCAAUUCCUAUAUAAAAAUAUUGUACAUUCUUUUGAUUUCUAUGUGUGAAAUAAAUAGUUUUUUUAAUAA